CGUGGCGAUCGUGAUGCGGCCGUGUUCGGCGAAGUGGUCGCAGUAGUGAUCGUGCCGAUAGUAGCGGUCGUAGUAGUGGUCGUACGCAGUUUGUAUUUUCGCGCGCGGCUUCAGGCCGUCGUCACGUGCGGCGGCGAGUGUGUCGGUCACGAGUUUGCUGAUAAGGCUGGAGAGCGAGCCCACCACCGAGAGAAGAGAGAGGUCAGUUGUGAGUGACCCUUCGACCGGGUUGUAGCGCUGCAGCCGCCCCAGUGGCACAGCGACACACAGAAGGACAACCAUCACUGUGCGGUCUCCCGUUUCCCGAGAGUCCCUGCAGACUGCCCUCGUCGGUGACCAUAGAGCCAGCACGAUGAUCGAGGAGACGACCUGCGCCGCCGCCGCGGCCAAGGCCCCCGCCGGCGGCAAGCUCGAGGUCCGCCGGGGCCCGGAGGCGACCCCUGACCCAGCACUCUCUCUCGGCAACGCGAUACUGCACUGGCUCCGCGAGCACCAGACCCGGACGGCGCUGAUCGACGCCCACCUCGGCACAUCCAUGUCGUUCCACGAGCUGCUGGUGCUGACGACGUACGCCGCCGAGGGCUACAAGGCCAUGGGGCUGGUCCCCGGGGACGUGGUGGCCGUCGUCUCCAGGAACUACCACCAGCAGGUCGCGGCUAUGCUGGGGGCUGUCUGCGCCGGCCUGCGCGUCGCCUACGUCGACCCUUCCGGGGACCUAGCCGAGAUGCGGCACUCGCUCGAGCUGGUGCGACCCAAGGCGGUGGUGUCCGAGCGCGACCGCCUGCGCACGGCGAUGGACGCCUACCCGGACGCCAGGCACGUCGUCCUGAGCGGCGAGCCCCCCGAGCAGGCCGUCGAGACGUUCCUCGGCGUGCUGCGGCUGGGCGAGGGCGCCGAGCCGCGCCCCGACCCGUGCACCUACCGCGCCGUGGACGUGGCCGGCCCGGGCCGGCAGGCGUCCUUGAUCCUGUACUCGUCGGGCUCGACGGGGCUGCCCAAGGCAGUCCUGGUGCCGGACAACCUGGGCGUCUUCUACUCGUCUGGUGAGACUGAGUCGACAGAGGCCGGGAGCGGCAGGUACUUGGCCUGCAUUCCCCCCACCGGGAUCAGCCCCUGGAGGGCGUUACUGUGGGGCCUGAAGGGCGGUGCAGCCAGGGUGUUCACAACCCUCUCGGACAGUCCCACCAUCUUGUCCGCCAUCGAAAGGUUCAAGGUCAGAGGCAUGGGCACUGUCCCCUCCGUGGUCCGGGAGCUAUUGAUUUACAAGGAAAAAUGCAAACACCGCUACGACCUCAGCUCGCUCGAAGUGCUCCACAUUUUCGGAUCCGCUUGUGACGCCGAGCUACACGCCGCUCUGGAGCGUCACCUCCACUGCAGGGUUCUCCAGAAGUACGGCUGUACAGAAACCUCACGCGUGUUCAUGUGGUCCGCCUCCAAACCAUCCCCGCCCGGAGCGCUCGGCACCCUGGGGGCCGGCGUCGAGCUCAGGCUGGUGGACGUCGACACGGGCGAGGACGUCCCGGCCGCGGUCAAGCACGCCGUCGGCGAGGUGCGCGUCCGCUCCAAGACCGUCAUGCUCGGCUACCUCGGCAACCCCGCGGAGACGGCGAGGGCCUUCGACGAGCACGGCUUCUACAAGACGGGCGACCUGGUCUACGAGGACGCCGACGGCCACUACUUCUUUGUAGAGCGCUCCGUCGAGAUGCUGACAUACAAAGGGACGAAGGUUUCGCCCUCCGAGGUGGAGGCCGUGCUGCUGCAGCACCCGGGCGUCAGGGAGGCGUGCGUCCUGGGCCGCAGGGUCGGCGAGGGCGUGUCCUGCGACGACCUCCCCGCCGCCUUCGUGUCGCGCGCGGACGGCGCGGCCGGGGAGGACGUGACCGAGGGCGCGCUGCGGGCCGCGGUGGCCGAGCGCCUGUCCGACGCCCACCGUCUGCGCGGCGGCGUCUACUUCCUGGACAGCCUGCCGAGGGCCGGCAUGAGCAGGAAGGUCGCGCGCUCCAAGCUCAAGGAGAUGCUGCGGAACUUGGACUGAGAGAAACGGAAAGAGCAGGGAGAUAGCACAGCAGUGACAUGUGUAUUAAGUCAUAAUAAAGUGAUUUUUUUAAAUUACACAAUACACAUAAGUGCCGUGAAACGUCCAACCGAGGUGACCUUCGUCUUUGACAACAUUCUGGAAAUGUUUCUCUACUGUUGUUUUCUCGCCCCUAGUCGCAUGGAGAGUUCUGACCCCACCCUGUCCCUCAACAACAACAAC